AUGGCCUAUGACCGAUAUGUCGCCAUCUGCCAACCACUGCACUAUGAGAGAAUGAUGAAUAUCAGAGCUUGUGUCAAAAUGGCAGCCGGUGCCUGGAUCAGUGGGAUUCUCUACUCUGUGCUACACACCGGGAACACAUUUGCGUUGAUCUUCUGUGGAGGCAACAUGGUAGAUCAGUUCUUCUGUGAGAUCCCCCAGCUACUCAAGCUUGCCUGCUCCGACACAUAUCUUAGUGAAGUUAGGGUUCUUGUCUUUAGUGCGUGUUUACUCUUAGGCUGCUUUGUUUUUAUCACUGUGUCAUAUGUUAAGAUCUUCAAAUCAGUGCUCAGAAUCCCCUCUGAACAAGGCCGGCAUAAAGCCCUAUCAACCUGCCUUCCUCACCUCACUGUGGUCUCCUUGUUUGUUUGCACUGGCAUCUUUGCUUACCUGAAACCCCACUCCAGCUCCCCAUCUGCUCUGGAUCUCGUGGUGGCUGUUCUCUAUUCUGUAUUGCCACCAAUCAUGAAUCCAAUUAUCUAUAGCAUGAGGAACAAGGAGAUCAAAGCUGCCCUGAGGAGACUCACUGGGUUUUGGGACUUCAGUGACUUGCCUGGUUUGAGCCAGACAUGCUUGACUGCUACAAACGCAGACCCAGAUCUGAACUACAUCCGCUAA